AUGUCUCCGUCGCGCCCAACCUCCCCGCUCUCCUUGCAGCCGCUCUCCCCGUCCCCCUCGGACACUAUAUUCUGGCCAUCGGAUUUCGAAAGCGAGACGGAUGACGCUUCUCGUGUUGCUAAACGAAGGAGAAUUGAGCGCUUAGGUCGAGACUACUUAGAGGGAAAGCCGCUCUUUAUCUUCAGUGCCACGCUCCAAGGGCCUUUCGAGGAGGGUUGGGUAAACCCAUGGAAAAAGAGUCGGCGGCCACUGGCUACGAAGGACAAACAUACUCAGCCAUGCUCAGAAGCAUCCCAAACCCACGGCGCUGCCGCCACCCCUGCUUCACGGGCCGACGAACGGUCGCUUCUUGUCUCCCCAGAUUCCGGCGGCAAAGCGUGGAACUCACAGCAGCCACAGAGGCUUAGUGGCAUAGAUGCGGGCUACCAGGGGUCCGAACAUCACACGAACGGUGCUGGGCGCACGUCCGGCUCACCUGCUGCGCCUAAACCUGGGCUGGCAAGCACACGCUCAUCGGGAGACCGGCAUCAAUCCCGGCCGUCUCAUACAAUCGACACUGAAUGGCUGAAGAGGGAUCAAAAGACACUCGACUACCGCGCUAUGAAUCGACCGCGCUCGCCCAGCCCGACGCCUACUGCCCGGUCACUGAAAAUCACCUCUCUUCCCUCUAAACCAGCCCAGACCACCGCUAGACUCUCCAGCAGGGAAUUUGGUCCUUCCGUUCUCGGAUCCGCUCACGCCCAUGUGUCCGGGUUCACUCCAAUCAAUCAUUCUCCUACACGGAAGCCAAAGGCCUCUAUGGUUUCUGAGACAGCUAAGCCUGUGCCGAGGCCCAAACAGCAAUCGAAACCAGCUGCCUCUGUCAAUGUUGAAUCCCAGCCACGGACCUCCCCUCCCGCGACAAAACCAAUGCCCCACAAACCCAAGCUUUCCAAUAUAAAUGAUAAUCCCAAGACUAACACUGAUACCGCACCUACUGCCGAUCAGAUAGUGGAUCCAAGGGACAUACAUUCUCGUGAUGCUGCAAUAUCUGACUCGUUUCAAUACCACCGAGUCACAGGCGCACCUCGCGGUGCUAAACAAAAAAAGAUCGUAAGCAAAGUCACAAAGUUAGAAUCUGGUACCCGCCUACACCAGAAGCCGACCGAGCAAAAGACAGGGCUAAAGAAACCCAGCCCACAACUGCAGCUGAACACGACUAUGGAUCCUCUGAUGCCUGAGUCGCAUGAGGCUCAAGAUCAGGGCUCAACUACGACAAUAGCCAACCUGCCAUCUGCGCAGAUAGUACCCGACCAGCCAACUUUUCAAAAUCAAUUAAUUUCUCUUUACUCGACCGAAUACCUGGCUACUAACGGAAUGAUAGUUAGUCCAUCUAAAGACAGUCUUAAUCAGUGGUCAACCCAGGCGGCAGUUGCAAUCGCGCAAAAGUCGCUCCAAGAUGACCUUACAAGCCCGAACACGUUGGAGGGCGAUAAAGGUCAAGAUUUAUCGGCGAAAUCGCCCAAGGAUCUGACCAGGAAGGUCAUGCCUGACCAAAUCAAGCCUUUUCAAUCCUUCAGCACGCCUCAACCGCAAAAUAGCUCCAGUGGUGAUCCCCCAACAUGCCAGGGACAAACCAGCACCCAGGCUAUGAUCAACGGUAUUUCUCCGUAUAAAUUCAGCACCGAGAAAAAAGUUCAAUUCGGCGACAGGUCAAACGACGGAGAAGCCCGUGCCCAUAAACAGCAUGAAUUGGUGGAAUGUGAGCAGCGUAGGUGUUCCGCAAGCCCUCAAGAACCAGAAGCCACUCGGCCUACAUCCGCUCGCUCGAAUGAAGGGCCUACAACUACUCUACCUGUUGCUCUUGGUGAAAACUUCUCCGUUGAGUCCACGGGGACCGCCCUCCCAUUUACCCUAACGGCCUCGACGAACGAGACACGGCAGCAGGAUGGCCAAGGUUUCAUUGCCGGGUUUGACAACUUUGAUCUCGACCAGGCGAUAGCAGAUGCAGGUAGCUUUCUCCAAAGUUGGGAGCUCCAUGCAGAUAUAAGUUUUAAAACAGAUAGAUCCGGUGCAACUUCGAUAGGACAGCCGGCUCGCUCUAUUUUACGUGCAAAUUCGGCGCGAAAUCCUUGA